ACACCCGAAGCCGACACGCCCUACGUCCGCUUCGCUCUUGACCAGAUCACAAGGGAUGAAGACGAAGCUGAAGGCAAACCCUGGCUUGGUCCGGAGUUUGGCAAUGCUUACGACGAAGGUCUCAUACCCUUAGAGCAUGAAUAUCCACCCGUACCCGACUUACCUUUCGAUGACAUCAAUCCAAUCCCUAUCCCCCCACGGAGCCCAAAACGCAAGAGCAGUCAAACACCGACACAGCAUCCAUUGCAGCAAGAGUUGCAUCUGUUCACCCCAUUCGAGCCUUCUACCGACUCUUUUUAUGCCUCACUAACUGCUUUACCGCCGAUUCUUCGUCCAAUACGCCUUGCCAUCUUCAUGUCGCUACUAACGCUUUACUUGAUCGCCCUUGUCUUUACCGCCAUCUGGUCUCGUGUACGCACAGGCCUGUGCAACUACGGCUCCCUUGGGGAUGGCACAUAUUUCGUGUUUCAGUAUCUGCCUACUCUUCUGGGCAUGAUCUUACUUCUUUGGCUCUUUGAGAUCGAGAAAGCAGUGUACAGAAUCGCCCCCUUCAUCGCCCUGGCAUCCAAGAACUCAACGCUUCGUGGACACGGUACCACAUUACCCAUGUACCCAGCAGGAUUUGCAUUGCCUCCUCUCGCACACCUCAGGGUAGGUCAGCGAGCCAUUGGCACAUUCCUGAUCGCCUCUUGGCUUAGUAUCUUCACCAUUCCAUUGCUGGCUUCCUCCUUCAAUGUCUAUUUCAGUGGGACUCCUGGUCGUUGGGUCUGGCUUGCCACACAAGGAACAAUUUGGACCACGAUUGCGCUGUACAUCCUUUUGCUGGCUGCUUCCGUCACUCUAUGGCUCUUCCUUCAUCGCAGGGGAACGGGACUCAAAUGGGAUGCUCGCACUUUGGCCGACCUGAUUGUCAUCACCGAACGUAGCAACAUCCUCGACCACUUCGCUGAUGUUGGUGUUGACGUGAAUAAGUACGAACUCUGGGGUCACAGUACCGAGAGACAAGACAGACUGGGCUACUUCAACACUGCUUAUAACCCCAAUGACGUUUUCCAUACUCUAGGUGCACCAAACAGGCCCGCAAGACCGUACAGCACAGAGGAGAGUAUCCUCAAUGAAAAGCUCCUGAAUCAAUCAACUGGCUACUCCAAUAUCAACGAGCCUGAACAGGAUCGACCCUACAGUUACGGUUCGCACAACACAACUGACCUUGUUUUGCAACCUGACAACACUGAUAACUAUCUGCCUUGGUUUCUCCGAACUGGCUUCGCCUCUCUCUGGUUCUUCAUCGCGCUUAUUCUCCUGCUCGCAUUCCUGGUAGUAUCCUACCUUCCAGCAACGACAGUCACUGCUGGUUUCCUGCCAGACCUUCCAGAGGCUGUCAACAGGUUUGGCUUCUCGUCAUCCAACUUCCUGUACUCGUUCGUGCCAUCUCUACUUGGCUUGCUAUGUCUGCUCGUGUGGCAGCCCAUCGAUCUUGCCUUUCGCCGCCUGCAGCCGUACGCUUCAAUGUCUUCGCCAGGUGGUUGUCUCGCUGAGAAGAGUCUUCUUUUGUCCUACGCUGCCGAUGCACCCUUUGUGGUCACUCUCAAAGCAGCAGUCAACGGCCAUAUCCGCGUCGCAUUACUCAGCUUCGUAACAAUCAUUGCCUCACUCCUCCCAAUCCUGGCUGGUGGUGUCUUCUGGAGCCAAUUCUAUAUUAACCAGCAACGCGUUCGAAUCAGCGCACAUAUGACUGCUUUCUACCCUCUGACAGUCUUCCUCGUCAUCUAUGCUCUCGCAUACAUUCUCGUAUUCGCAGGCCACAAGCGUGCACUGCCUAACCGUGGCAUUACCCUCGCAGACAAAAUUUCCCUCCUCUAUCAGAGCCGUCUACUCAAUGAUGCUGCCUUCCAAGCACCCGCAACCAAGACUGCUCUCGUCACACGUCUGCUCUCCGCUCCUGUUGGCGAACGCAACAGCUACCACCAAAACCCCGAGACUGAGGGGGCAAUCACCGGCAGCAAAGUCUCCAUCGCGGACUCUCUGCGCGGGUUUGGACGUGCAAGAGCUGAUGCCACGACAACUCGAGGAAGCUCGGAGAUGCCUCGCUACGGAUAUGGAAAGUAUUUUGGUCGUGAUGGCAAGCGACACGUUGGUGUUGAUCGUGUGGGUAGACCGGGU